AUGGCAGAUCUCCCUCCUACUCAAGAUAUUGAUGAAAUACAUGAUUAUAUAUCGCAGCCAUUCGAUUCCUCUAAAGUAUGGGGGCGACUUCUUCCUCUAGAUAGCAAAUUUCCUGCACUUGACCUCAUCGAAGAUUCAUACACAUUCGGUCGUGGUGAUGACUGCUCCUUCAAAUUCAUCCCUGAUAUGUUCGAGGGGUCUUCUCAGUUUACAACCAUCAGCAAGCUUCACUUCAGUAUCAUACUGGAUUCAAUGGUUGAUAACCGUUUAGUCUUCAUAAAUGACUUCAGUAGCAAUGGGACUUUUGUUAAUGGUUCUAAACUAGGGCGUGGUAAAAGGCGGCCGUUAAAUAAUAACGAUGAGAUCUCAGUAUCUCUUAAGCAUUUAAAAUGCUUUAUAUUUUCGGACUCCAGCUGCAUUUGCACCUCUUAUCCGUCGGAGGUAACGGACAAAUAUACUGUUUCGAAGCAUCUUGGACGAGGAGCUUUCGGUGAAGUUAGACUAGUUUUUGACAAAGAACAUUGUGAAAAAUAUGCAAUGAAAAUAGUUCAAAAGAAAAACUUCUCUGUAUUAUCCAAACUUGGCAAGCCAUUUACCGGUUCUGUAGCUGCAGAAGUGGAUAUAUUGAUGCGCCUAGAUCAUCCGUGCAUCAUUCAAAUCUACGAUGUGAUGGAUACAUCAGAAACCCUGUACAUGAUUCUCGAACUUGUUGAAGGUGGUGAAUUAUUUGACCGUAUAGUCCACCGUGGUCAACUAAGUGAAUCUGACUCCAAAUUUUUCUUUCUGCAGAUGGCUAUGGCUGUCGAGUAUCUGCAUGAUCAUGGAAUCACACAUCGUGACCUAAAGCCUGAAAAUAUUCUACUCACAAGUAAGGCUGAUCGAUGCCUUAUAAAAGUAACUGACUUUGGUGUAUCAAAACUUGUUGAUGAAAGCACAAUGUUGCGUACAUUUUGUGGCACUCCAGAUUACUUGGCUCCGGAGGUUCUUAAAACUGCUGGCUGUGGGACUUACACAUGUGUUAUCGAUGUAUGGUCACUUGGUGUAAUUCUAUAUAUCUGUUUAGUAGGAUAUCCUCCAUUCACUAAACAACGUCAAGACUUUGAUUUAGAAACUCAGAUUAUCAAAGGUUUAUAUGAUUUUCCUCAGAAUUUUUGGCAUGGAAUAAGUCAAGAAGCUAUUAAACUUAUUGGCCGUAUGCUUGUUGUUGAACCACAUGAGAGAAGUUCAAUUCACGAUGUUUUAAAAGAUCCUUGGCUGGAUGAAACUGGAAUUCGCCUAGAAGUUGAAGAAUUAAUCAGCUGUGCAAAACGUGUACCAUCUCAUCAUAAUUCUCAAUCGAAUGGUGUAAAACGAACACAGCCAUUGCUACCGGAAACAUUUCCAUCGACUAUCCAUUCACCUGGAGCUACUAAUCCGUUAGAAUGUUCUAGUAAUCCUACAGAUUCAUCAUGUCCUCAUGAUUUUCCUCUUCUAGCUGCAAAUGGUUACAUAGAUGCUGUGACUAAUAGUGGUUUAGAUGAGAAUAUGGAAUACUUAUUAACUGAAAAACCUGUUAUCAGAAAACGUCCAGCAUCGUCUUUAUGUAAUCCAGUGAUAACUUCUCCGAAAGUCCACAUUCCUUCCGAUACAGAGAAAUAA